AUGGAAGAUCCGCCCCUAUGUCAAUAUCCUUGGCAAGUGAAGCAAGUGGAAGCACAAUCGGAGAGGCAAGUGUCCGAACCAACCAUGGAGGUUGAGGCUGCCACGGGAAGUGCAUCUGUCCAACCCGAGACGAGUGUCGAAAAGCCCUUAGAUGAUGCAACAGUGCCCACAGAAGGGCCUUCAGAUUCGGCGUCAAACGAUGACUUAGAGGUACUGGAACGCUCCCUUAUUGCCAUGGAGAGGGUGCGUUCACUUUCCCUUAUACUUCACCAUUGCUGGUCAUCCUUUCCUUUACCCACAACAGACCUAGAACGCAUGCUAACCAGCCUGGAGGCGCACAAAGUGGACUACAGUGUGAUGGUGGAGGUACAAGCAGAGAACGUCAGACUGCAGGAAGAGGUUGCCCAGCUCAGUGAAGAGACCCAGUUUCUGCGCCGUGAACUCGAGACUGUGAGAAAAGCCCAUGCAGCUGAGUUGGAGACAAUUAACCUUGCCAAUGAGGAGAAAUUGACUGAGCAGUCGAAGGAAUUGACGGAGAUGAUGGACAAGGAACAGGCUAAUUUUGCGGCCCAAAGAGAUGCCUGGAACGAGGAAAGAGCCAGCCUUUUGAUUGAUCAUGCCAACGAGCUGGCUUCGAUGGUCAAAUCAAAGGAACAGAAAAUGACAGAGGAAGAGCCCGAUUUUCGCACUGAAAUUCUACGACAGAACCAGGCGCGUGAGCAGGUAGCCCAAUUGCAGAGUAGAAUUGAGCAGCUUCUGACUGCUUCCACCAUGGUGAAGACUUCAACGAGGACGUCAAGGGAAAGAGCAAGGGGCAACAGUGGUAAGACGCCGAUCGCUAUGCCGACGCCACCACCUCAGUUGCAGUGGCCUCUGCAGCAACAGGAGGCAGAGAAUGUGUUGCAUAAAUCGCCGCCGAGGGUCCCAAGAAAGGUCAUGCUUUACCCUUCGCUUAACAGAAACUGUGAUGGUGUAGAUUUACACAGGUGGAUAUUGGACCUUCAUCCAGCUAUGUCAGCACAUUGGAAUCACCAAGCUGCUGGUUCAUUUACCCGAAUCCCAGCACAGAGUGAGGAGGUCUUCGGAAACACCGGAAGUGGACAGAAGCGUGGUUACGGCGAGACCGUCCAAGUCCCACCACCCAAACCACCGGUAGGAGCGGCAGCUCAACUACCAGCAAGGAAGUCGUUAAAGGUUGCGGCGGUGCCCCCAGUCCUUGUCAUGGCUGAGGAGCCACAUCCCCUAUUGGGGUCCCCUGCAAAGCUUAAGGGAAAGGCGGGUGAGUGCCUGGAAUUGCCACAUUCGAAGUGGGGCAAAGCGACGGAUUUGUUGAACCAACGACCAUUGGAAGCCUCUUUCUUUCAGCUGCCGCCUGCCGACGCACUAAAUGCCAACUUCAUGACCUCUGAUGACUGGUUUGACUACGGAGAUGAGCAGUCUCAAAACGGAAUUCAAGGCCAAGUGGCGGAUGUUUCUCAAGCUCUUCCACCUCCACUGCCAUCGAUAUCGCCAAUGCCACUACACCAGCAGCAGCAGCAGGUUGGAUUUGUUAUGCCUUCCCUUAGAACUCGUCGUCGCGUCUACAAGUCGCAAUACUUUGAAAAACUGUCAGAUUCAGACGCCGCUGUCAGCAGUGGAGAUGAAUUUACUCCACCCCUAAAAUUGAAAUCGACGCCUCGCUCUAAGACUGCAUCCGGACGCAAUAAGAGUCAAAGUAAAACAGAGCCGUCCAACGCUGCUUCACCGAUAAUUUCAGAUAUCAAGGGAAAGCCUCUUUCGAGGUCGAAUGGGAAGAAGAAGGAUAACACUGAGGAGGAUCUGACUGUCACUAAAUUAUUUAGAAAGUUCAGUCGUAGAUCCAAGAAGGUGAAGGUGGAAGAAGCCCCGAAAGAAGUCGUAAAAGUCGAAGAGUUUCUCACUGAUAGUGAACCUAGUGACGCAGAUGGCUGGGAAGACGUGUCUAAUCCUCCUUCUGACGCGGAGGCUAAGCAAGCUGCUUCAGCUCACAAGGAAUUUGAGUUCUUAAGUCAACUUAUACAGAAGCCAGAAAAUGAGGUAACUAAGGUCGAAGACGAGGGACCUCUGGAGAUAUCUGUUAGCACUCUUCCUCGUGGGAGAUCGUCUUGUCGGGAUCCUAAGGCUCUCGCCGCACUUGCUUUGGCUAGACAGAUCCGUGAACGCGCUCGGACUCUCCACAUAUUCUACGUUCUAGAAUUCCUCACUUUUGGUCGAUUUGCCAAUAAGGCGUGUGAUGAUGCAACGAUUCGCGCUUUGGCUUUAUCUCUGAUCGUUAUACCCAAGUCGUGGGAUUUAGCAGCUCUUCAAUCACUCGUUCACACCUUUGCUUCCCUUAAUCACAAUGGUCCCAAGAUAAAGAAUCCCGACAUUCGCGAGGCGAUUCAAACCCGAUUGCAGGUAGGUAGCACUUCAGCUGUCGAUUGUGCGCUCCUGAUGGUCGCUGCGCUACGAGCCUGUGGUCUGGAUACACGUCUUGUCUUAGCUUUCGCUCCACCAUCGCUGAAACCUGGUACGAACACCACGGCUCGUGGCCUCAAGAAACUCAAACCCCUUGGCCCCUCAUCUCGAACUUCAAAAAUAAUCUCGUCAGAGAGCGAAGACGAAAAACAAAGGCUGUCCUCGAAGUACUUCUUUUUUGGUGAAGUCUACCUGCCCUCUGACGAAGUGUGGUACAGUAUCGAUUUUUCGCCUCCCACAGGACGGGUGAUGGCGGAUGUCUCCUUUCACUUCACCAACUUUCCCUAUGUUGUGGGCUUUCAUUCCACCCAUUGUAGCUACCUCGGUCGCACUCCAAUUGAUUUGGCACCUCGAUACGAUCCUACCUGGAUGUCCAUGUCUCGAGAUCACCGCAUUCCUGAUCCUCUGUGGAAGAAGCUUCUUACCACACUGAGGGGUCAUUGCGACGGGGAUGUGGUCGAUCUGCGAGCGAAAGACGUUGGUGGGAUGGAAGAGAUGCGAGACGCGGCAGGUAUGGAGAGGAUUUUCGACUACCUGCGGAGUCUCCCCCUUCCAGUGAAGGUGCAGAACUUUAAGGGCCAUCCACUAUAUGCUCUGAGACGGCACCUUCUGAAAUUUGAAGUGAUUUAUCCGCCGGACGCACCGGUAGUUGGGUUUCUUAAGGUCGGAGGCAAAGCGAGCGAGGUUACGGAGCCUGUUUAUCCUCGGGAGUGUGUUCAUAUUUGUCACACUAGAGAGUCGUGGUUGAAGGAGGCAAAGACUAUUCGCUUGGGCGAGAAACCGGCAAAGGAGGUAAAGGCGAUGAUGACGAUGAAGCGCAAACUCCUUCAAGAGACAAAUGGACCAACACCCAUGGUAGAGUUGUUCGGACCCUGGCAGGUCGAGGACUACGUACCUCCAGUGGCCGAGAAUGGUGUUGUGCCUCGUAAUGAACAUGGCAAUGUGGAACUCUUCAAGCCAUGCAUGCUACCCAUUGGUUGUGUACACAUCCGUCUGCCCGGCAUCCAACACAUUGCCAAGCGCCUUGAGAUCGAUGCAGCACCCGCGAUGGUCGGUUGGACGUUCCACAAGGCAGGUUGGGCGCACCCCGAAUACGACGGCUUCGUAGUGUGUCGUGAGGUCGUGCCAAUUCUCGUGGACGCUUGGCGUGAGGAGCGCAUGUCUGCUGCCGUGGCGGCAGCAGUCGAUCGCACUGAACGUGCCCUGUCAAACUGGAAACGUUUAACACGAAACUUAUUACUGUGGCAGCGCAUUGAGGCGGGAUUCCAGUUGGCUAAGGCGACGGUACAUGCUGCACCAUCGCCGAUGUCAACAGGUGAGGCUAAAAAGUCAUCUUCAUCUAAGCCAACGCUUUCCGACCCCCCGUGGCAGACCCUGGCCACUGCCAAACCCGUUUUUCCGCGUCUUCUCGAUGUUUCCGAUUUGGUGAAAGCUGUGCCAAAUCACAAGCCAAAGUUAAAGUCCAAACGUUCAGCAAGGAAGCCACCUCUGAAGAAACGCCGAAGACGGCGUCAGCCUUCCACCUCAGAGGAUGAAGAAGAAGACGACGACGAAGAAGAAGAAGAAGAGGAAGGGGAAGAGAGUUUCACAUCUCCUGACUCGGACUAG